AUGGCGGCGCCCGCGCUCAAGCUGCCAAAGAAGACAAACGUCGAGUAUCGCAUUCGGCUGAAGCGACGUGAACAAGACUGGGAUGCCGUCCAAGAGCUUUUGCAGGAAAAAGCCGCGCGCAAGCAGCAUGGCGUGCGAACACAACUGGAGCGCGCCGUAACCGCUGAGCGAAAGAAAUCACUGCAGCUCUUUCAUACCAAUGCCAAGCGGGCAAGCAAGGCCGGAGAUGAAGACAAAGCCAAGACGCUUGAAACGCGGCGCUCCGCUCUGCUUGAGUACAGCGCGGAGCAGUUGUGUGCCCUCGUUCUUGGUGAAGCUGAAAAGCCCACGGCAGCCCCCAUCCAGGCCGCACUUCAACGCUUCACGGGCAACAAAACCAUCAAGGACCUGUUGCAACAGUAUCGUGUGGCGGGCAUGGCAGCCACCCCAGCCGUGCUGGAAGUUGCCGUGCAAAAAAUGAAGACCGAGGCAGAGGAGCAGGCUGCGGCCAAGGCCAUGGCUCGGAAAAACAAGGGCCGAAACAACAAAGCAACAGAUGAAGCGAGCAGCAACGCCCCGUCUGAUCUCAGCGCGGCUGCUGAUCAGGUUGAUUAUCAGGAAGAACCAAUGACCGACAGCGACGGGGAAGGCCAGAUGGGACAUUUCGACUCAAAGUCGUGGAGUCAAAUGGUGGACAGCGUGGGCCAUGCCAGCGACGACGAUGAUAGCGACGAUGACGAGGCUGAGCUGGCGCAGAUGCGCGCCGAUCUCGCCGCUGCUGAGAAGCAACAGAAAAAGAAGAAAAAUCGACUGGGGCAGCGAGCACGGCAGAUGCUCGCUGAGCGCAAGUAUGGCAAUGAUGCGCGUCAUAAAAAGGACCCGAGCAAGGAUGCCAAUCUGCGCCAACAGAAGCAAAGAGAAAAGGCGCAGCAAGACCGGCGACGCGCACGACAGGAAGAUCGAGGAUCGAGCCGGUCCCGAAAUGGAGGUGAAACUACGGCUGGGCGCCAACCGCGCUCGCGCGGGUCCGGUGGAAGCACGUCGUCGGCCGCUGCACCAGCAGAGCCCGUUCAUCCGUCAUGGCAAGCCAAGCAAAUGCAGAAGCGCCAGGCCGUGGAGAUUGGGGCUUUUUCAGGGAAAAAGAUCAAGUUUGAUGACUGA